AAUCAUAGUUCGGACGCCCACUCAACUCGGUUUAUUUAACCUAAAGUCUAGCGAAAGAGACUGAAACUUCUAGCAAGCAAACAUGUUUAGGAAAGCAAUAGCUGGUUGUGCACAGCACGCGCCGUGGCGGUUGAUAACCGGCCGCCGCUCCACCUCCACCUCCGUCUCCUCCGCCGUGGACUCAAUCUUGCUCCGUUCUCUCAAAGAACAUUACGAGGAAGCCGCCAAAAUGAAUCCUCCACCUAAAGUGAGUCCUCCUUCACCUUUUGGAAUAGUAACGGGGGCAAUGGAAGGCAAUGGGCCAGUUCUUAAGAGAAUGUAUGGGGAUGAAGAAAUUAGUCUAUCUGUGAUGCGGUUGGCACACGUUGUGGGAGGUGGUGAUGAGGAUGAUGAUGGAAUUAAUCAGUUGUUUGUUCAUGUGGUUGUUUCAAAGCCUGGCCAGAAUGAUUCUUUGCAUUUUCUUUGUGGGUUGUAUCCUGAUGCGUUGGGAAUUCACUCUGUUUCCAUGCGGCCUAAGCAUGAGAGCCAGGGUUUUCUUGCUGUUCCCUCUAAGUAUAAUGGCCCUGUUUUCGGAGACAUAGAUGAAAAAAUGAGAGAUUCAUUUCACAGUUACAUAGAAGAGCGAGGUAUAGAUGAGAGUCUCUUUCCAUUUCUUCAAGCAUGGCUUUAUGUGAAGGAUAAUCGAAAUCUGAUGCGUUGGUUCAGAGCAGUGGGCACGUUUAUUAGUGGACAAAAGUCAGCUAAAGGUGCAUAAGUAUUUGAUGUUUUAGACUUGGUUGAGAAAAAUGCAUCUAUUGUUAUAAAUGGUAGAAUGCUUCUGGGCAAAUUGAUUCGUUUACUAUGAGGUUAGUUAGCAAGUAUAGACUAAGUUCUACAUUGAUGUAGUUUGGCAAUGUAAUUCAGGCACCUUAAACUUUUUGUUCUUUCUCAUAUAUAACAUGUCUCCUUUUUUGCCUUGA